AUGGACUCCUUUGCUACCAGCACCGCCGCAUUCGAUAGCUGGCUUCAUAGACAUUACGACUACAUCAGCGAUGACAUUGAGAUUGCAGACCUGAGAAAUUCGCACGAGGGACGCGGUUUGCGAGCACGCAAUGACAUCCAGAAAGACACGGUUCUGUUCCGUCUGGCCAGAGACCAUAUACUGAAUAUUCGUACAGCGGCCCUGGGCAAGCUCAAGCUGGGAAAUCAAGAAGUGCUGGAGACUUUGAACCAAUGGGAGGCCCUGAUUCUGUGUCUGGCAUACGAGAUGAUGCUGGGAGAGGAGUCUCAGUGGAGCUCCUACUUGGCAGUUCUGCCUGAAAAAUUCAACUCCUUAAUGUUCUGGUCGUCCGAAGAGCUCGAGAAAUUGAAACCAUCCAACGUUUUGCAAAGGAUAGGACGUGAACAGGCCGAACAGAUGCAUUCCAAGCUUGUGCCCGAGUAUUGCUUGCGUUUGGGUAGCAAGAAGUUGGUGGAGUAUUUAACAUUAGACCGAUUCCAUGUGGUGGCAAGCAUAAUCAUGAGCUAUUCGUUUGAUGUCGACGAUCCUGAGGACGAACCUGGGGAUGAUCCCGAGGACGGUGAGGAGGAGGACGAGGAAAUCGACGAAAUAGAGCAGGAAUGCAUCAAAUACGACGGGUAUUUGAAAUCGAUGGUUCCUCUUGCAGAUACUCUCAACUCAAAUACCAAUUUGGUGAAUGCGAAUUUGAGCUAUGAAAACGACGCGCUGGUCAUGACCGCUACUAAGGACAUCCAAAAAGGAGAGCAGAUAUAUAACAUCUAUGGUGAGUUGCCUAACUCUGAAAUUUUGCGCAAGUAUGGAUAUGUGGAGCUUCCUGCUUCCAAGUACGAGUUUGCUGAGCUGCCUUUGACGGUGAUCAAACAAACGUUUGUGAACAAUUAUAUCUCGUCGCUGGACAGCAAAAUUAGAGAAACGCUCUUCGACAAGACUGCUGAGCUGAUCAGCGAGUCCGAGUACUUGGACGAAAGCCUGGAAGACCAGGAAGGGGGUAUUGUUUUGGACGCGUACGAGGUGUUUGCCGAUGCGGACGUGCUGCCUGAGCUCUUGCUAUUGAUUCAGAUCCUGACGACCUGCUAUGAGAGUUUUGAGACGGACCCAAAAUGGGCCAAGAAACUUGCGAGAACGCGGUCCGAAUUGGAGUCGUUUAUCAACAGAUGCAUUUUGAAGUCGUUCCAGCUGGUGGAGAAAAAGAUCAUAACCAACAAGUGCGUCGAGAAUCUCAAUAAAUGCGUCGAGGGACGCAUUGCCCAAUACGGCGCCGCCCAGGACUAUGAGAUUCCGGCCAGUUAUAGAGACUUCGACCGCGCAGAGCUGGCUUCCAUCGUGCUGAGAUGCGAGGUGAACUGCUUGCGCAACGUGCGGAACAACUUCCCAGAGAAAUACGAGCGCAUUGACGACUCGAAGCUGCUGAAGAACGUGCUUAAACGCAAGGCCGAGGCAGACACACAGAAGAACAAGAAGCAGAAAAACUAG